AUGAAAGCACCCACUCAUCGGUGUCUUUUAUCAAGUUUAAUAGAGAGUAAUGAAAAGACUACUCGAUAAGCAAAGACACAUGAAUCUUUUGAGAGAUUGAAGUGUUCUUAACCAUAAACAGCAACUCCAAAAACUUAAAUGACUAACAGGAAAAGCAAAUAGAUGAGUUUAGUUUAAGUUUAGCAACUAAUUUAAUAGCCACUUUUACGAAAGAAUCAUACAGCUUUAUCUGAAGUUCCACAUACAUGGAAUACAAGUAGAAGUAUAGAGAAGACAGUUGAUUUACUUGCUAUGCCUCAACAUAAACGUGUAAAAUGGUUGGAAAAAUAAAAAUCAUUGUUUGUGUAACAACAACCAGUAACAGAACGUGUAUAAAUAAGUCGUAUAAAAUAAAUGGCAACUGCUGCUAAUUAUAACAAUUUUUUAAAGAAAUUUAAUGGUGAAUAAAUGAUGAUAUUAGAUAAGAUAAAAAAAGAUGUAGUAAUUUAAAAAGUAAUACAAAAUGAUGUAUAAGAGAAUAAGGAAAGGUAGUUUAUUUAUAAAUAGCCAUUACGUAUAGUAAAGGGCAUGAGUGAACACAUGCUUAGAAUGAAGAGUAUUACUAGACAGCAUGAAUCAUUACGUUCACCUCCAAGAAGACUCUCGAAUCCUAGAUAUGAAUUAACAAAUGCUAAUAGAGUUCGUUUUUCAAAAUAUUAUUAAGAUGAUAGUUUGAAAGUAUUAAAAUCAUAGAAAAGAGAUCCAAAUUAGAUUUUUAAAGAAUUACAUAUAGAGGACAUCUAAUAUACUGAUUUGGACAGAGCAUAGAAUCAUCCUAUUAAUAUUGCUUUAUUCAAUAUGUUAAAAGAUGAAGAAAUUAUUCUAAGUAUUAUAUUUGUUAAAUUCAGAAUAACUUUAAUUGGAUGAAGCAGAGAAAUAUACUGCAUAAGAAUUAAUUAAAUAGAGGUAAGAGAUUGAGAGAUUUGAUGAACUAACUCGAUAAGAAUAUCAUAGAAAAUGUUAUGUAGAUUUCAAAUCUAAAAGCAUAAGUUCUAAAUAUGAACGUAAAUAACUUAAUUUGGAUUCAUGUUUAUUAGAUGUAUAACCUAAAAAUGAAGUUAUUAAUCCAGAAUAAUUUAAGAAAAUGAGAAGAUAAAAAAUAUUAAAUAUGAUUAAGAUCUUCUUAUUUAGAUUACAUGAAUUGAAUCUAAAUCUUGAAGAUUUAAUUUAACAUAGAGUAUAUCCACUUGUUGCAUAUAGCAAUGAGAGAGCUAAAUUAUUCUUUGAUUUAGUUAAAUCCAAUAAACUUGAACUUACACAUAGAGAAUUAUAGGAGAAUAGAUAUUUGGUUUAUGAAUUUGAUUCAUCGAAAUUAACUCCACUUCAUCAUGCAGUCAUUCGCAAUCAUAUAGAAAUGGUAGAAUUACUUUUAGAAUACCAUGCAGAUGUUAAUCGACGUGAUAUUGUACUUAUUAUUGUAUAAUCUAGCUUGGAAGAACUUCACUCUUCUUUGGAAUCCGUUCUGGAUACAAUGAUUGUGUACGACAAUUACUUUAUCAUCAGGCAAUUCCUUGGUCUAAUAAAAAGAAUUAAUAUGAUCUUUAUUUAGAUAUGCUCGAUGAUAAAGUUAGAGAUUAAUAUCGUAAGGCAAAAAAUGUAUUCUUUUAUUCAUUAUCUAAGUAUCAUUUAUAAAUGCAAAUGAUGUCUUACUCAAAAAGGGCUGCUUUCUGGAUGGAACGAAGAUAUUAUUUUACUUAAUGA